AUGAGCUUACAUUCCGACCCGCUGGAUCAAGAAGACCAGGACGCUAUUAUCCUAGACGCAAGAUGCGGAGAUCUUGAAUCGUUAAAGGACAUCUUCACAAAUUUGGUAGACCCAAAACUUAUUGUUACAUGCCGCGACGCUGUGACACAGUCCACUCCCCUGCAUAUGGCUGCCGCAAAUGGCCACAAAGAGGUGAUGCAGUACCUUGCGUCCCUUGUGACUGAUGGCGCUGAGCUCAAAAAGUGGGUGAACUCGCAAAACGAAACGGGCAACACAGCCUUGCACUGGGCUUCACUGAACGGGAGCUUGGAAUGCGUAAAGUUUCUAUGUGAGGAGCUUGGCGCAGACCCAUUCAUCAGAAACAAUUUCGAUCAUGACGCGAUCUUUGAAGCCGAGCGUGGUAACAAAGAAGAGGUUGAAAACUUCUAUCCACAGAAAUACGACGUUGAGCCAGAAAACGAUGAGACUGCUCAAGCGGAAAGCGUUGAGAUCAAGGAGGGUACUGAGAUCGAGCAGGUUACAAAGGAAGCUACAGAGGCGCUUAGACUUGAGACGGACAAGCUUAGCCUGAGCGAAGACAGGGGGCAAAGCUAA